AUGAUCCCCCAUUCCUCUGCCGGCGGUCAACCGUGGGGCCACCCUCUGCGGACGUUCAAUGGCGCCCCCGGACGAGUUGAUAAUGCGCAGAUGCUGUAUGAUCACCAAUCUGAGAGACCAGCGCCAAACCCCCAGCCGACUCGACAACCCGCCCUCGUGGACCUGACCGCAGGUGAUCCUGAGUCGCAAGAUAGAGAACCACCCCCCAAACGACCGAGAUUGGAGGUCCCGAGUGGAUCAAAUACAGCGGACACUGGCGCGGGAACUGGAGAUGCGAGGAAUACUCCUGCAAGCGCAAGCUCGCGACCUGCAGUCUCAUGGCGCGGCCGGCCGGCCUGGUCUUUCCAGGCCGUUGUGUCGGAGCUCCCGAGCAUUGAGAAUCGAGGGGACAGCGCUGCCGCAUCGAAACCUUCAUCCCCGCCUCCUUUGCCGGCCCAGCCUUGGAAGAACAUUCCAGUUGUUGAACCCGAGGGAAGUAAUGUUGUGAAGUCGAGGGAAAGCUCUCCAGUCGGGGCUGUGCAGACAACCCCGUAUCGCAUUGAGAUUCCCGCUGUCGCCCCAGUUUAUAAAAGCCAAAAACCUGCCGAUUUCGCCCCGUGGACUGGAAACCACCCGGAGGACAUACUGAGCGAGCAAACCGCGAAACAAGGCUACUAUGAUCGCACGCAAGUCUCCCAGAAUGAAUCGAACACAGCGCGUCCUGCAUUAUAUGCGCAGCUCAAGCAUCGCACGGGGUUACAAAUGCUCUCGUCGGUCUUCGCUGCUGCGUUGGAGAAACGACAAGGCCACAACACUAUCCACGCCCCAUCAACCUUUAAGCCACCGCCUCGAGUCACUCUCACUGACAACAAGCGAGAAGCGUGGCUUCGAGACCUCGCGAACCCAUCUGUUCCGCUGCGAAGGCUGAGUCGCACCAUUCCACAUGGCAUCCGUGGCAAGGUUCUUCUAGACCAAUGUCUUGGUAAAUGGAUCCCUGUUGCACGUGCUGUCUGGUUAGCAAAAUGUGUGGGUGCAAAUGAAAUCCGUGCGUUCAAGCGGAAAGGCACCAGUGGUUCUUUGGCUGUCGGGCUGGAGGCGAAGUGGGUACGAGACUGGACGACGAAUGUUCAGCAAUUUGUCGAAGGAGUGUUUGCUGCGCCCAAGUCUGCAGAUUGGAAGGCCAAAAUGACCUAUGCUGUCGGGUUGGCUGCUCGUUUCUUCUCCGAAAACCUUCUAGACCACGACCAUUUCCUUGAAUGGUUUUUGACAUCCUUCGAGGCUGCUUCUAUUGGCACGGUUCCGAUCUGGCUGUUGAUGCUCGGUAUAUACUGGAACAGUAUUAUGCGAUAUCGACGAAGGGGACGAAGAUUAGCUGAGCUGCUGCUGCAAAAAGUGCGCCAGGCAACGGAAAUCAAAUUACCCCAACUUCAACCGCUCAUUGACCGCCUGUCUCGGUUUAUCAGAAAGCUUGUUCGUGACCAUACAUCCUCGAUGAUACUUCCGAAUUCGUGGGAGACGUAUAAACAACAUGUCAUAUCCGCCCUUGACCUGGGAAAUGAAACGGACAAAGCUCUUUUCCAGAACCUUGCAGAGCGCAACGCACGAGUGCAACGACCCAGGCACUCAAAGCAGAUAACUCAACGCUCACCACAUCAACGGAUCGUCCGACUUCUGGACUCCAUCCGCUCCGCUCACGAUCUCUCCUCUAUCUCCACGUUUCUUGACGCAUUUGAUGACAAGUCUAUCCUGGUAUCCAAACUACUCGAAUGGCUCUCAACACCCUUCCGCCACGGCCUUUGUCGUGUUUACAUUGGCGUUCGCCUACUUCGCAAAUGGAAGUCAGCCGGCGUCGAUAUAGACACCCACAUACUCACUUUUCUAUCUCGUGGGCAGAAUAAUCAGAAGCUCAACAUGGAACAAAUCUAUCAUGUCAUUUCUGAACUUGUCAGGUCGCAAACAUUUUCAGUUGGCCGUUAUCUUCAAUGGCUCAUGGCACGAGGCGUUACUAAUGGCUCUUCAGCCCAGGAGCAUAAUUUAAAGGACUUGCCAAUUGAUAUUGGACUGAUAGCGCAACUUCCUGUUGGCCGUCUUCCGGAGCAUGUUGGGAACCUGCGCAGUACUCUGUUGGCUCGUACUGGACUCUCUGCUGCCGAGGAGAGCUCAGCCGUCGAUAACGUGAAAAGUAUCAUCAGCCAGCGUCUUCCUGGGAUUUUUGGCGUCGAGGAGCCUACGAAAAUGCCACUAGACUCAAUACCGCCAAAUAUGCCUUGGGCUGUGAAAGCUGAGGUUGGUCAGUGGCUACGCCGUGCAAUUGCAGAACAUAACCGAUGUGUGGAAUCAACCAAUAGAACAGCGUUUCCUAUUGACAUUGCUCCUAUUGUGUCUGCCCUGACGCCCGCUGAGUUUUAUACCGUCCGCGAGGUUCUUGAAUCAUUUGAUGAUAUCUCAAUGUUGGCGGAUGUGUUGAAAUUCUCAUCCAGUUGCAGCGAUGAUACCGUUCUCGCUUCGGUUGCUGAUACGACGAACUGCCAUUUUGACUCUCUUUGCGUAAUUGGUGCCACAACCGAUCUGUUCCGGAGACUCAUCGAUGCCUACGCCGGCAUUAAGAGGUCUGGCAUGCCAAGUCUCGAUUUGAUAUUCUCUUUGAUUGAACUUGGUUUGCGUAUACCGAGUGAAUUCAACACUGUGUCUAUUCUCCGUCAGGAUCUCUCUCGCAUGGAGAACAAGUCUAUAAUUGCCGCAUCUUCUCCAGUCUCCGAUCAUAUUCCCGAUGGCUUUGGUGAUGUCGAUCCUUCUUUCCGAGGGAAGUUAGAUCAACUGUUGCAAUCAGGAAGUAUCAUGGAUGAGCCCACCUUGGACACGAUUUUCAACACACUCACCAAACACCUGGAAUCUACUGAUGGCCAUGCAAAUUUGUCAGCAAAUGAUACUGCUCGUUAUCUUGCACAGCUGAGGUCGUUUCACCCGAAGCAUUUCGAUGGCAUUCUUGCCCGUUGGGUCUGUGGUCAUUUGCGAGUUCCUGAGCGCAUCACCUUGCUGCGGAUCCUACCACCUCUAAUCGGUGUCGGAUGCGUCACCAUCAGAUCUUUCUUGGCCCUUGCAAGGAGACUUGCACUCUCCACGCCAGCGAAGGUCCCCAACGCAGCUCAACUGCCAGCUGAACUUGUUCAACUUCUUGUCUUUGGUGACGAAGAUAGCAGGUCCUCCGAUUUAGUAUCAUAUCGUUUCCAUUUGGCACAGCAAGAGUUCCUCACUAAGAACUCGGAGGAAGCGCUGAGAAUUAUUUGCGAUGCGGCAUCUUCCAAUCUAGCUGGUGUUUCAGCAGGGUACCCCGAGCUGGAGAAAUCUAUGGUCAUGAUUGUACGUGAUCUUCUUGUUCGAAAUCCCGACAGUGCGGCACAAAACGGGAUGCAAAAGCUCAUCAACCAAUACCCAGCCGCUUUGGGCAUUGUUCAGAAAGCGCUGGACCUUCUGUUGGGUGUUGAGUCACAGUCCGACGGAAAUUCCGUCCUCUCAAAGGUUGAAAAGCUUGCCAGUAUGACUGACGACUUCUCGCUUCCAUUCUGCCAGCUGAAGCUCCAAGUUCUGUUCCAUGCGGACUCAAGCCCUGAAGAUCAAACCAACAUUGUUGAUGCUAUGUUCAAAACCGCCGUAACAGACUGUCGUGCUCACAAAUUUCACUGGGUGGACUUGGUUGCACUGAUGAGCCCAGAGGCAGUGCGUCAAAUUCGGGAACGUGCCGAGAAGGAGUUCUUCUCCAUCCCGCUACUCGGAGAGCCAACAGAUGAUGCGUCAGAUUCCUCUGACAGGCCAGGAUCAUUCCAAACCGCCAGGAUGUAUCUCACAAUGAUAGAAGAACUCUCCAGCAGCAUCCCUGAGUCUGGAGCUCCAUCGGUCGCUUCAUUGCUAGUGGAAAAGAUAGAAUCCCUUCUUCACAAGAUCAUAACAAUCAACAAUAGCACCCUCAAGGGUGCAGCGAACCCAGAUCGUGCAAAGUUCGAGCGUGCUCUUGCAUUCUGGUUUUCCGCUCUUCUGAGGAUGAUUGUCCUGCAUCGGUCUGCCUUCAUUCAGCCGCCCACGGCUCUAAAGGCCAACCCUCCGCACGAACAGCUCCGACUUCUGGCUUCGAUCUUCUGCAUCGCACUCUCGCGCCUCCCGGGAGAUGUCCUCCGUCUUUUCCCUGCCGCCGACUACUUCCCGCACCCGGCACCGACGGAGAAUUUCCGUCCUUGUCCAGGAAUUCUCCUGCAGACCCACGCUCUCGACGUUGCCGCCUCACUCAUCGACAUCUUCCCAGAUGACGUCCGUCACCAAUGCGCACGCUUCCUCAAAAACAAAUGCCCGUCCUUCAUCCCAUUCCAGAACGACACUCGCUUCCUGUAUCUCCUGGGCCCGAUGGCAGAGCAAUCUUCCGCCAAUGCGCAGCAAGUCUCAGCUCCAUCCCCGGCAGCCUCGGCAUCGACCCCAAUGUCUGCAUCUACUCUCUUCCCUGCUGUUGGACCAUCCCCAGCGCAGCAUUCUGUUGUAGCGGCGUCGGGGUUGUCUAUGGGGCUAUCUGAUGGCUCAAACUGUAUGACCAACCGACUUCGUCUUCAACACCGUGGUCGAAUCCUCGGACCUUACCCAGUCCGUCCAUGGGAAUUACUCGAGGAUGCAGCUCCAUUCUUGGGUAUCAAUGACACGGCUGUCAACCUGGGCUAUUUCGAUGCUAGGCGUGUGAGAGCUUAA